UUUCUGUUCAUGGCUCCACGAAAAUCACUCAUUUUCUCUAUGAUUCAAAAUUCAUUCUUUCUGCGGACAUGUGUUGGCGACGAUUUUGAUUUAGGAUUUCGCAAAGCUUCGAAAGCAGUCGUUUGGAGUGGAAAACAGUCGAACGACAUAUUAUGCUCUUAUCAUUUGCGCUGUUCAUCGUAAUUCUGUUUUGCUCCUAACUGGAUCUCCUUUUCAUGGCAAACUCUUAAGUUGUUCUUCAGCGCAUAAUUAGCCUGCAUUCUGCAGAUCCAUCGCAGAAUGGUCGAAGGUUAUGUGUGCUGCGUUCUGCAGUGUCCGUUGUCAGAGCCAUCGCGUUCGAUGCGUAGCGUGUGUUUCUUCUCUUUCCCGCAUCCCAGCGAUCCGCGCUAUCCUGCCUGGAUUGAGCGCACCCUCCGUCCAAAAGACUGGAUUCCUUCCACCACCAGCAAGAUCUGCAGCAGGCACUUUCGCUCGUCUGACAUUCUCGCCGUGCCGUCAGCUGAGGACUGCGAGAAGACGGAGAAGCGUCUUAAACACGACGCGCUGCCGUGUAUCCUGUACAGCGUGCAACCGCCCGUGGAGUCUGUUCCGCGACCAGACAGCCCGGAAAUCGGAUUCUCAAGUGUCUUGCCACUGCAUCGCCCAAUCGAAUGUGUCUCUCGUCCAGACAGCCCGGAAAUUGGUGUCGGCAGCACGAAAAAGCGUAGCGCGGAAAGUCGCUCUCCGAACCUGGAAGCUCCCCUCCCGAAGGCAGCUCGUGUCGAUUACGAGAUGGCUGCGGCUGUUGCUCCUCUUUCUGACUGUCCGAAUCAAGCUGAGAACGUUGGAAAAGUUGCGUUGCUUGUUGAUGUUGCCGCCGGGAACGUGGAUACGUUGCAGAUUUGCUGCGUUCCUGGUUGUUCAGUUACGUCGCGGAACGCAUCCAAAACCGGGGACACGCUGUUUCCCUUCCUGCUGCCCGAGCACAAACUGUACGAGGCCUGGGUCCAGCGAAUCCGCUGCUCAACGUCCUGGCACCCGCUGCCGCCCUCCUUCAUCUGCAGCCAGCAUUUCGGCCAUGCUGAUUUGCUUGGCUACCGUGCAGAAAGCGGAAAAGCGCCGUUUAUCAUCCGGUUGAAGGCUGAUGCGUUGCCCUGUCGGUUAGCUUGUGCUAGUGCUUUCCAUUAUUCAGGGUUACGUGGCGGAGAGGUUAAGAAUGCGGUGAACGUCGCCGGGAUGCAGACAUGCUUGUUGUGCGGUGCCAAACGGAAAGGCUGGACUAAGCCCUCGGAAAUGCUGAUGUUUUACCCUUUCCCGACGGAUACCCAUCUCAAGGCCAAGUGGACAAAAUUUUUCUCGGACCUGGGCCGACAUGAACCGGUGACGGAGCAGUCGCUCUUGUGUCAGAAUCAUUUUGCUCCGGAGGACUUUGAGACGGACGCGACACUGAAGGCCAGUGCUGUUCCGUCGCGUAUGAUGCCUUUCGGGGUUCCUUCCAAACGAAAGCAAACGGAAAAACAGGAAAAACAGCCGCUAAUGGAGAGUCGCCCGGUGUGCUGCGUGCCGGGAUGUCACGUUCCUCCCGCGGAAUUGGGCUCGGGUAGGAUCAGGUACUUCCCUUUCCCCGUGGCCAAAACGCGGCGGGAUGAGUGGAUCCGCAGCAUGCGCUGUGCCGUGUCCUGGGCGCCCCGUGCCGGACACGAUUUGGUGUGCAGCCGACACUUUGGCGCACAAGAUUUCUCGGUCAGGAAGCCGCGCCUGACUCAACCAAGUCUUAGGCCGAAUGCAACGCCCUCACGGCUGGAAUGCGUGGAGAAAUUUCGAACUCCGAUCAACCCACACCUUCCCCAUAAAGGCGUGCAGUAUUGCUGUGUAUGCGGAUGGUGGCGAUCGCCGGAGCCGUGCAAGCGGUCGGAAAAGCUGACAUUUUUUCCCUUCCCCAAACCGACUGCGCUGCACAGUCUGUGGUUGACGGUGUGCCGAAAACUGAAUCCGGAUUUUGUCCUUUCUGACAGAUUGAUGGUGUGUGAAAAUCACUUUAAUCCGGAGGAAUUGAUGGUGGUCGUACCUCGAAGGGGAGGAAAAUCUGUAAUCACGUUAAAAGCCACUGCGGUGCCGUCAAGGAAAUCCUUUGACCUUUAUAGAAUCGACAAUAAUGUGAGCACUGUAUUGGUGGAGCAGUCUGUCAAUGAUAAUGCUGCUGAUGAAUGUUCUGCACCGGAUGCCGGGCUUCCAUUAGAAUCUUCUGAUGAGUAUAUGGAGAUUGCCAAAACAGCUGGAACGAUCCAGGAGCAUAUGGACGCGGGUAUAAACGAAAAUGUCCCGUUGGAAAGUUGUUCGGAACCGGUGUCUACUGCUCGUAUCUCAUCUUUCCUGUCCAAUCCUGACAUUGCAUCUCACAACGGUCUUCCGGGAGAUGAAGAUUCUGUGGCUACCGCGCUUGUCACAUCGGCGUUACCAGAAGUUGCGGCGCUCCCUCGAACGCGCGCCGGAAAUGCCGUUAGGACUGCACUGGCGAUACCUGAGCCGGAUGACGCCUUACUAUAUUGCGAAUCCUGUUUCAAAGUGAUGCAAACGCCCUGUUGGAUACAUUCGGAGAGCAUCCCUGAUGAACCGGUCAUACCGUUAGCUGUCGGUAGUUUACCGAAAGUUCUGUAUAUGGACGUUUGUGAUGAAUCGCCGACCGGAAAGACUGUGUUUGUGAAAGAAAUGCUGGAGCGGCACACAGUAUUCGGCCCGUUGAUCGCUCCAAGCGUGUGGAGCGACGAAGAGAAAGCUCGAUACGUGGAUGUUUCCGAUUUGGGCGAGGACGUCAAGCGGAAGCAGUACCAGCUGGAUUCGGAUUACGCCUGCAACUGGAUGAAGCACGUGCGACUGGCGGACAGCGUGGAAGCGAGCAAUCUGCUGGUGUUCGCGCGCGGAUGCGAGAUCGUCUUCGUCUCAAACAGAACCAUCUCCCCGCACGAAGAACUGCGGGUGUGGUAUUCCAGACAGUAUCUGGAUCUCAUCACUCCUGCAAUCAUUCAUAACAUGGGUUCGGAAGGCGUAGCAACCGGCACUGAUGCAAUGGGAGGAAUGCUAGACGGCGCUAUUAAGGAAGAAUCGUUGCCUGAUCACUGGGAUGAAGAAAUGCUGGAUGAUGCAUCCUUACAGGAACACAUCGGUACUUUGACACCGACUCCGGAUCCUGAUUGUGAUUUUGUGACACCGGGCGCAUCUGGAGGAGAUCUUAAAGGUUGCGGGGAUAUUUAUGAAGACCUGUUCGGUAUCCCUUCAGACGAAGAAAUCGUUAAUGAACCGGCUCUGCCGAAUGGCAUUUCCUCUUCUUCUAAGAAUACCACUACGCUGUCGAUGAAAGUGAGACCACACAAGAACUGGCCACCUCCUCCGAGAAAAGGUCACGGCCGUGCUCGGAAGAAAUGGCCGCCUGUUUCGAAACGUGAUCACGUUCGCAUGCCUGCUGCGCAGUCGACCGGCCAGGUGCUGUACAACUUAUACACUUGCCACGAGUGCGGUCUCCGGUUUUCGAAUAAGGCCGUCCUGGAAAUUCACAAACUCAGUUAUCAACCGGCCACUGCAGCCGACACUCAGCCCAGUGUGCACGAAUGUCCUGGAUGCGACGCCAGAUUCGAUUAUUUACGUGAUCUGAUACAGCAUGUUGAUUUACACGGGGAAUUAACACGCCGGUGUCCACUGUGUGAUCAGCGAUGUACUGUACUGAAGGAUCACAUCCGGCGAUAUCAUGCGAAAUUCUACGCCGCCGAAAAAAAGAAGGAGAAUGGGACUGAAGCCACUCAAUCAAUGCGGCAGGCAUUCACUGACAGUGUCACUUGCAGCGAAUGCGGUCUGCAAUUCGCUUCGACUCUGUUGUGCGCUGUUCAUAAAAUGAAACACAACAGCGAUGCGAUCCCCUACUAUGAGGGGGAUCCCUCUUGCGCCUUUCCCAACCUGUGCAUUCUACGAAAAUGCCCACCUUGCGGGAAGACAUUCGCUGAAUUCGAGCAGCUGGUGAAGCAUGUCGCGGAGCACGGGAAAUUGACGCAAAAAUGUCCGGCCUGUCAGCAGUGGUUUGUGUCCUUGGAGGAGCAUUUCAGCCGCGAUCACCCUGGGCUUUCUCUCAGGGAUUACGAUGAUCAACCGCGAAACCAGGCUGCGGUCACUUCCGAUGCGGCGUUUCACUGUCGCCAGUGUGAGAAGAGAUUUCGGAUAUCCGAUCAUCUGAAAAUCCAUAAAAUCAAGAUCCAUAAUAAGGAGGCCUUGACGUGUGAUCAGUGUGGCCGACGCUUCAGUUUAGCUGUGUUGUGCCGAUUGCAUAAGAUGCAACACGGAGACAGUAAAUCACUCGACUACUUCCGGAACAGUCGAGCCUGUGUGCAGUGUGGCGAAAAGUUUGCGGAACUAGAAGAAUUGAUGGUUCACAUCGAGGUCCAUGGAGUUGCGACGGAGAAGUGCCCAAUGUGCGGUAAACGCUUUGCGCCACGGGAUGUGGAGGCGCACAUCCGCCAAGUCCAUGGAAUAAGGCGCAAUCGCUCUAGUCAAACACUAGCACAAACGGUGGUGCCUGUGCGCGAAACGACAUUACCGCGGCGUCCUUCCACCGCCGACAUUUGUGCGGGUGAUCAGGAAACGAACAACUUUCACUGUUCAGCUUGCAAUAAAAAAUUUCCAUCGCCGACGGGUUUGCAAGCACACGAACAGACCCAUCAGCCAAGAACGCCGGUGUACGACAGUCUAACCUGCGACGAAUGUGGUCUGCGAUUUCGAUCGUAUAUGGUCAGCCGCCUGCACCGCCUGAAGCACACUCCGGACCCGAAUGACGCGGCUAUGGGCAAUGACGUAACCUGUCCGAAAUGCGGUGACACCUUUGACAAUUGUGCAGGACUGCUCGAUCACGUGGAAGAACAUGGGCGACCGACGGAGAAAUGCCGCGUUUGUUGUCAGUGGUUCGACAAUCUGGCUGAACAUCUGCGGCGUGGACAGUGCGGAUCAUCUUUGCAGCUGGAAUGUUUCAGUAGCGAUAAUGGCGACACUGCUUUGUUGGGAUCAUCUAGCAGGGUGAAUUCAAACGGCAGCAGACACUGUCGGUGUCAGGACUGCGGGCAGGAGUUUGAACAUCCCUCGGCGCUGUCCGAGCAUCAGUCGAAACACCUGAAUCUGACGUUCAUUAACAGCUUCACUUGCGACGAAUGCGGAAUGCGAUUCACAACGGAAGCGCUCCAUGGCUUGCAUGUAUUGAAACACAGAAACGCCGAUAGUAGUGGAUCACGGAAGCGCCGCGAACAGGGCACGCAGCGAUGUCCCCAUUGUAACAAACCGUUCGAUAAGUUGCAAAAGCUGGUGGAUCAUGUGGACAAGCAUGGGAGGACGACGGAUAAAUGUUCGCCGUGUAAUCGUUGGUUCGGCCACCUACCCGGCCACAUGCGACGCCAUCACACAGGAUUACUGUCCGUCGUGUCCGACAGUGUGAAUGCGCAGAAGCAGUCGGAUCAAAGCAACGGCGAGAUCAGCAACAAGUGUCUGUGUGGCAUUUGCGGGGCUGUGUUUGUGACAGGAACUUGUUGGCGGUGCAUGCCAGAGAACACACCGGCUACGUCGGAAUGACUGCGACUGUUGGCUGCGAUAUGGAGAAGCAUGUUGAAGAUUGUCGGGAAUCCUCGCCAGAGAUAUUGGAGUCAUCGCUGUAGGACACAAGAAAACUGCGGCGCCUCAUGACGUCAAGGGUUUGACUGGAUCGGACCAGAGUAGCUGCACAGAGUUGUUGUACAUUCCGGACUGUGAUGCAUUCAGCGGAACUUCCGCGCCUUCUUGAGUCGGUGUGCUGGCGUCGUUUUUACUCAUUUCGUGUCGGCUAUUGCUGUAAUUACAUUGUGACCAAAGAAUCUGUUGCACAGGUUUAUUUAGAAUGGGGAUUUUUCUGUUUACUGUUUCGUAACUGUACAGUAUUUUGUUGAUGUCUUUUAUCACAGCAGCCUCAGAGAUAUUGAAUGACCGCGUUACUGUGACAUCGGUUUAGCUUGCAGAAUGCAAAAGGCAAUUUUGUGAUUGUCAAUGUUCGCGAUAAAACCGUGCUUAUUAUUUUUACAGUAAUAAAUCAUCGUUAUGUGA